AUGCACAAGAACCACGCACCUCUCAUCUUCCUCCGUGUCUCGCACGAUUGGAGACGCAUCGCCAUCGACACUCCUCGCCCCUGGGCCUCCCUCCACAUCCCAGUUCCCAGCUCUCAAUUCUACAUACGCUACCCCGAAGAUCUGCAGUUCUUCUCUCGGGUUCUCCGGGACGUCGGCCAGGGUACCCGUGACUGGCUCGAGCGCUCGGGCGUGUGUCCUCUCAACAUCUCAUUGUCGAAUUGGGACGCUGGGUCGAUAGAGAAGGACGAUAAGGGCAUCCUCAGCCAGAUCCUCAAGUUCGCAUCGCGAUGGAAGAGGAUCAGCCUCAAUCUUUCGUCCGCGCAGCUAUCCCAUGUCGCCAGGCUCUCCGAAGCCGAUGUUCCGUUACUCGAAUCACUCACCAUCGACCAGAGCAGAGGCACUCCACAUGAUCUGACAAGGACGCCGGGCAUCUGGGUGCCCAGCCGCAUCUUCAAGGCACCACGCCUCCACGAACUAUCUCUGACCCAAGUUCGAGAGGACAUCAGCAAGUUUUCCGUCAACUGGGGCCAGUUGACGAGCCUGACGCUGCAGGCGGGCGACAACGCGUUGAGUUUCAUGCGCGGUAUCACAGAGAUGCCGAAGCCCAGCACUCGUCCAGACGACAUACCAUCUAUCUCUCUGCCCCACCUCAAGGAGCUCGCCGUGUUCGAGAAUAUGUCGAACUGCACGCCGUUCAUGAAGGCCCUCGACGCUCCUUCCCUGCAAGCCGUCGAAAUUUAUUCCAGCGCCGGCCCAGCGCCUCCAUCGGUCUUCCACCUCAUAUCCCGUGCCUCCAGCCCCAUCCGCUCUUUCGCCAGCGAUUUCUCGAGUUUCUCACGGAAGGAUUUCCUCCAGCUCCGGGUCUACUGCCCUCGCCUGACCACCCUCGCCGUCAGGACGUUCAACGACUUCCGCCUCGACCCGACGCAGAACCCUGGUGGGCCACGCGAAGGGAACGACAUGCAAAUCGACAACACCUUCCUCUCUGUCCUGAACUCGACAAACGCGAACGGCGACUACCGCUGCCCAAAGUUGACUACCCUCGAGUGUUUCACUGGCGUCAAGAUCUCGGAUGCCGGUAUCCUCGAUUUUCUUCGGAAGCGCGAGGAGUCUGACGAGCGUGCAUCGAUCAAGAAUCUGAGGACUCAGUUCAAGAGGCCGCAGAAGGAUCCUAUCGCGGGGCCGCUGAAGCCUUUCUUGGAGAACGGAUUGGAUGCCGGGUUGUGGUAUCCGGCCCUUCAGGCCACCUCGCCUUUCUGUCCGGCUGACGAUGUUGGAGAACGACUGAGCGGCUUUGGAAAGUCACCAAGUUACGACCGCCAUGAGCCAGGGUCGCGUUUCUCUUCUUCAAACCACCAUCGUGCCGCUGACGAACUGACACCCACUAGGAUGUACACCAGUGCCAUACACCCCAACCGUAAGGCAGAUUUCCGGGAAGUAGCGCCGCCGAAAAGCAUCAUCAAGGAAGGAAAGAAAGAGGCUUUCCUUACAUGCACCAAUUGCUCCAAAAUCGACGGCAGUGGUGGAUGUGAGCUGAAAAGGUGUGAAAAGUGCAAAAUUGUUUACUAUUGCUCAAGAGAUUGCCAAAAAGAGCAUUGGGAGGUGCAUAAAACUCAAUGCCAGGAAGGCCUCGGAACAGGCAUUCAACCUCUCAUCGCGGCGUUCGUUGGCAACCCCAUGCUGCAGCACUACCUCCAACUGCUAUUAUGCUGGGAAUUUUUGUUUCACAAGGUGCCUGAUUCUGAGCGUGAAGCUCUCAGUCGGAAAGCCUUCCAUGCCCAUAUCGAUGUCGGAAUUGAACCAACCAAGAUUGCAGACUUCAUGAAUCUCUAUACGUACGAUGACUGGGAUAAGGAAGCCCUCGAAGGCAUGCUGCAAAUUCAUCUCGUUGCCACCGCACACUCGGGAUUGCCCCAAAUUCCCUUCACCGACAAAAUGAUGUAUUUGUGGCAGACAGCAAGAGACGACGCCGACAACGAAGGCUGCACAAAAUCUCCUGUUGUGGUGGUGCAGUUCAUUAACGAUAUGACGCAGCGUAUCUCCUGGCCUAUCACAAUCGACGAAGAUGCUUUCGAUUCUGCGAGAAGAGCGCCGCCUUUCACGAUGGUCUCUGCCCUGACACGAAAGGCGAUCGACAAGCCCAUGAGCGUUGACUCAAUAUUGGAAUACGUCAACACACAUAUUCGAUCCGACACGUCGAAUCGCCUCUUGCUGCGUGUUCCGAUGCGCGAAUGCGACAAGAGACUGAUCCGCGACGCAGGACGGAACAAGGAUGCGCAUCCAGCACAGGCUCUCCGUGUCAAAAUGAAUCGCGAGGCGGUGUACGUUAGCCAUCGGAUGGAAAUUGUCACGACCCCGGAUGGAAGGACAGAGCGGAGGAUUAUUGGGCAGCUCACUGAAGCAGAUAGGCAGCGUGCACGGGAGCUGGGCCGCGCUGCGGCGAUGCGAGAUAUGCAAAUGGGAGGUGAAGCAGUUCCAGCAGACGAAGAAGCAGUCUCCGCGGGAGAGCACGCGGCACCUGAAGCUCCCAAAAUGAAUCGUGCAGAAAGAAGGCGACUUGAGCAGCAGAUGAAGAAGGAGAUGAAGCGGCGUAAAUGA